UUCACUGUCCUCUGGCAGUGCGCUGCAGGCUGCUUCACUUACAGUAGGAACCAUGGCUGCUCUUUUUAAAGCAAGAAAAGUUUUUGCUUCAUGUGCGAAUAGUUGUCGAAGAUUGUCUCAGUUAGCAGAGUUACCAGAGACACAUCAAAUCCUGAGACAAACCUGCAGAGACUACGCUGACCGAGAACUGUCACCCAUUGCUUCAAGAUUAGACAAAGAGCAUUCAUACCCACUGAAACAGAUCCACGAGUUGGGUGCAAUGGGGAUAAUGGCUAUUGAAGUUCCAGAAGAGCUGGGUGGAGCUGGAAUGGACUAUCUUGCAUACAGUGUGGCCAUGGAAGAAAUCAGCAGAGGAUGUGCCAGCACUGGAGUCGUUGUCUCUGUCAAUAAUUCACUUUACAUAGGGCCGAUUCUGAAAUUUGGAACUGAAGAACAGAAAAAGGAGUGGAUAACCCCUUUCACAACAGGGGAGAAAGUAGGCUGUUUUGCACUCAGUGAACCAGGUAAUGGAAGUGAUGCAGGUGCUGCUUCCACAAUGGCACACCAAGAAGGAGAAGAGUGGGUGCUUAAUGGCACAAAAGCCUGGAUUACCAACAGCUGGGAUGCAUCAGCUACUGUAGUAUUUGCCACAACAGAUAAGAAACUAAAACAUAAGGGUAUCAGUGCCUUCCUCAUCCCGAUGCCUCACCCAGGACUCUCUCUUGGGAAGAAGGAAGAUAAGCUGGGAAUUAAGGCUUCAUCAACUGCUAACAUUAUUCUCGAGGACUGCAGGAUACCGCUCUCAAACAUGCUGGGACCUCGUGGUGCUGGGUUUAAAAUUGCCAUGCAAACUCUUGACAGCGGACGUAUAGGAAUAGCAUCCCAGGCUCUGGGUAUUGCUCAGGCAUCACUAGACUGUGCUGCAGACUACGCACACAAACGCAAUGCAUUUGGAGCACCCAUUGGCCGGCUGCAGGCAAUACAGUUCAAGAUUGCUGAUAUGGCUGUAGCCAUAGAAAGUGCGCGUCUACUCACAUGGAAAGCAUCACUUCUCAGAGAUGCCAAGAAACCUUUUACAAAGGAAGCUGCUAUGGCUAAGUUGGCUGCAUCAGAAGCUGCCACUUUCUGCUCACAUCAGGCAAUCCAGAUUUUGGGUGGCAUGGGUUAUGUGACAGACAUGCCUGCAGAAAGGCAUUAUCGAGAUGCUCGUAUCACAGAAAUCUAUGAGGGCACCAGUGAGAUCCAAAGACUGGUAAUUGCAGGACAGAUACUGAAAGAAUACAAACAAUGACACUAGUGACUCUGGGUGUGGUCAAUAAUAAGGAAUAAUUUGAUUAAGUAAAAGCUUGUAUGAAACCUGUUAAAGCUUUUUAAAGAACAUUGUAAAUAAAUAGGCCAUAUGGCCAUAUUUGUUACCUUAAAUCAACAACCAUCAUGGAUUAAUAUUUAAUUAAAUUUAUUGCCAUUCAUGCCAAGCUUGCGUAUGAUACUUUGGUUGACGUGCCUACAUGCUACCACUAGAGUGCAAUGUUGAGCCUGCUUCGAAGAUUUACACUUUUUAUAAUGAUGUUAAUAUUGUACUGUAAUAAAUUGAAAAUGCAGUCUAAGCUUAUGUUAAUAUAUUUCAGAAUUUUACAAACUUCUGGAAACUAAAGGAGAAUAAAGGAAGAAUAUUUGUAAA